AUUUUGAGUAAACGAGUUUGAUGAUUAUGUGAAUUAAUAAUAAAGACGAUAUUUCAAGUAUUAUAAACAUUGUUGGAAUGAAACCAAAAAGAUGUCAUUUCCAGCUCCCUAAAUUUGGUUUAGUAAAAUGCGACCACCAGAUACUCGCCAAGUUGCGCCACCUAGAGCUGGGAAACAAUUCGAAGAUGAGCUCCAACUCCACUAUUUGGCACCGGGAGCCUUCACCGUAUUACCGCCAGAUAAUAGAGGAAGACCGGAUCCUCCGCCCGCACCUGAACAGUACAGAUAUGUGCCGAGUCAAAGACGGAACAAGAACCAAGCAUUCGCUAUCAUAGCAGAUUCUGAUUCAAGUAGGCCCGCGUCGAGAAGCUCAUCACCUUCCGGUCGAAUAAGUCCUUUUAAAGGACGAGGAUUCAAUCCAAUCGGGUCUAGACAUGCUUCACCAAUGCACUCUCCCCCUCCGCCACCAGAGGAUGUACGACUUAGUCCUCAAACGAUGUCUCCGAAACAUACCGUUUCCAAAAUUCCUCAGCUUAGAAGGAAAAAUAGUACAGCGGCUUUCGGCGAGAAAAUAUUUCAUCAGGAAAAUCCAUCAACAUCGAGGAUUACCAGGAGGUUAAGUCAGAGUAUGUCGAAUUUGGAUACAACAGAAACGCAACAACAACAACAACAACAACAACGUGGAAGACCACCGCCUAGUCCAAAUUCAAGGAAACAGGGUAAACAACCUGCAUUUCAGAGACUCUCACCAAUUGUAGGUAGUUCUCCAGAACCAAGCGUUGGAACCCCAUCUAGAAUACCACGAAGUAAAAGUACCCCUCCGAGUAGAAGAACGUCUCCACAAAGAGCACUGUAUAAACGUCCAAGCAAACCUCCUCCAUCGAAAACUUCUCUUCUGAGGAGCCAGUCAAAACCCAAACUGAAUACUGCCAGCAGGGAACCGAGCCCAACUAAAGACGUUGCCUCACCAACUAGAAACUCUUCAAAAAAAUAUAGAGACGUUCCAGCUAAAGUUAACUCUUUUAGUAAACCUAAACCAAAAGUGCUUCCUAAACCUCAAGUGCUAAGUGAACAGUCUGAAGAUUCCGAUGUUCCAAAAUAUAAAAAUAAAACUCCAUUAAAUAGAAAAGAGAGUGACACUAGAAUACGAACUGAUUCUCAUUCUAAUAUAUUGCCAAAAACAGGAAAUAUCGUUAAUAAUACUUACAGUAGUGAUAGUUCUACAAUUGAUACUUCUGGUAAUAAUAAUACAACUACAGAUGAUAACGUAACAAAUAAAACUGAUAAUAUUAGUGAUGUUAAUAAUAAAACUACGAACGGAGUUUCUUUAUCGGAUUCAGACAAUAACAUUGAUAAUAAUGAUAGUUCUAAUAAACCCCGACAUCUUCAAACACCAUUUUCAACAAAUCAAGUAAUUAUACCAUCAGCUACAACCGUUGUGUCUAAUACAACUACAACUGUUACCCAACCUUUGAAGAUUGAAACCAAUUUGAAUAAACUGCCUCAUUAUUACGAAGAAUCCAGAAACAUAUCACCGAUGGUAGAUGGAAGGGUUCUUAGUGCCACUAGCGUCACACACGCCAUUAACAAAAUGAACGAUACCGUAUUAGAUACCCAAACUUUGAUAAAAGAUAGUGGAUUUUCGAAAUUAUCACCAGCGGCUAGUGCUAUAAUAUCCAUGGCUAACGAAAAUAGAAUCAACAACCCCGCAUUGGAUACUAAACAUGCCACAAAUGCUCUACCGACAGUAGAACCUUCAUUGAAAACCGUAGAAAACUCUAAUCACACCAACCAUGUCAUGCACGUUAUGAGUUCGAGAGAACUGGAAGAAGAAGUACAACGACACAUGCAUAAAUUAUUAACUCCCGAACAUAAGUUAACGAAACCAGUUGAUGAUAAAACGAAAGAAGCUAGAACAGUAGUGGCCUCUGAUGUUAAACCCAUCCGGAUAACCGUUAGAGAGAAACCAUCAGAUAGUGAAGUAUUGAGUGGAAAUGUCAGAAUACCCGCGAUAAAUGGAAUUAGCGAACGACCAGGUUUGCCUCCGGGUCAAGCUACACCGCCAAAUGAACCUGAAAAGGAACCUCCUCCGAAAAAUGCGUGUUCCAGAUUCUUCACAAACUGCAGUUCUAAGAUGUGCGGUUGCUGUAAAAUAAAUUCUAAAUCAAAGACUGAUGCUAGUUGCUUCAAUUGCUUUAAGAGGAAACAAGCACCCGCUUCCAUUGUUGUUGAAGAUGAAACUCAGAAGAAACCUAAACUAAUUGAAAGAUUUAACUGUUUUAAGAAGCAAAAAGUUGGAGACGCUUCAUCGUGCUUUCCAGUUGGAAAGAGGAAAGAAAGUUGGGUGGAGAGAGCUGAUAGUCUAUCCCAUCCAGCAAGGAAUAAAUGUUCGAAACAAUGUUGCAAGAACUUCAUGGCCACAGUAUGUUGUAUGAAUUUGUGCAGAAAAAAUAAACCACUCGAAGUGCCCGAAAGAAAAGCUUCCAUAAUUAGUAAGAAAAAAAGUUUAACACCGACUACUGCUCCUCCUCCGGAGGAUGUUCGUCCAAACAUAGAUUUGAGUUUGGUUGAGCACUCUUCACAUAUGAAAGGGGCUAUCCCAAUUCUUCCAAUCUGCCUGGCUUGGUUCUGUUUAAUUCUCAAUUGUAUUGGUCCAGGAUCAGGAACUAUUAUCAGCGGAAUACUUAAUCUAUGUAUUGGAAUACCGAGGUUUUCCCAGAAAGACGGACCCAGGCCAAGAAUAGGAGCUUUUAUCAUCAAUCUGAUCAUAGGCGUCAGCCAGUGUUUCACAGUUCUAUUUUGUUUAGUGGGAUGGGGAUGGUCCAUUUGGUGGGGUAUAAUAAUGAUUAAAAUAGCAAGAAAACAUAAACGUUUCAAGCAACUACAAGCUGUAGAAGAAGCAGCUACAGUACCUGGAACAACUUCAAAUCCUCGACAACGGGACCUAACAAAACGUUGAGAAAAUCUGGAUAAAUUUGAACUUAAUAUAUAUGCUAGGAAAUACCGGUCAAAUAGUGUCAAGUCAAAAAAAAAUUAUCGAGUAAUAAGCGUUUGAAAUUAAUCCUUGACUUGACCCACAUAAUUACCGCAAUAGUAACUAUGUACAUGACAAAAUUUGAGAUUAGUUUUCUGGCACUAAUUGCACUCUUAUUUUUCGACUUAUUGACACUAAUUGAGCGGAGGUGCGAUGUGUAAUGAAAGUCAAAUAAAUGCAAUUAUACAGUUGAUUAAUAGUACCACACUGUGGAAACUUCUAAAUUACAGGUAUUACUGGGUUUUAUAUAUCAUCAAAAUGGAUUCAAGUGGAUAUGAAAUCAGAUAUUUGGUAGAGUGCGAAAUCCGAAGCUAUGAAUAUGAAGAUGUUAAAUUGAUUAUACUUAACAUUAACAUCACAUAUCCACUCAGUGAGGAAACAUUCAUGAAUACAUGAGAUAAAAAUUCGAAUACAAACUAGAAAUUACAGAAAAUGGUUAUAAGAAUUAUUUUGAACGGAUUUCACUGAUAAAUAUUAAUUAAGAAAAUUUCCAAUUGGUAAUUUUUAAAUAAAAAGAAACUGGAAAAUUGGACUCGAUGCCUCUAAAGGAGCCAACUUACAGCCUCCAAUAGACGUGGCAGAUAACACUGGUCUCAAUACACCUAAGCUACAUAUUUCUAGCUUUGAAUCUGAAAAUUUCGUGGAAAGUAUUCUAUUCGGUAUACUAUUAAUUGAUUCUGAAUAUCAUUCGAUUCUCUCAAUACAACAUAAGAUGUUCCAUAACCUAACAAUUUUGCAGCCUAGGGUAAAACUUGAGAUUAAAUUAAGGUUUAAAUUAUGGCUUAAACUUUAGUUUAAACCAAUAAUAAACAUUAUUGCUCUAUUUCACAACUCACAGUUAAGCAGACAUUUUUCUGUCAGUUUUCACUAGCGCCGAAAUAUAAUUAAAGUUUUUCCGAUAUUUGUUUUAAAUUUGUCUUGGUAAAAUUGAAUAAAGAACAAUUUGCAAUUUCUCUAACAAUGAAGUAGUACUUCGGGUUAACCUUAUAAAGAAA